AAAAUGGGACUCUUGGGACUUCUACUAUUCCUGGUACCGUUCAUCCUCCUGGGGGGUGUCCAGGAACCUGGGCUGGUUGAGGGGUUAUUUUUCAAGUCGUGUCCCAAAGUCAGAGUAAAAUGUGAAAUCGAAGAAAGAAACCUAUGUACGAGGCACAGGCAGUGCCCAAAUAAUAUGAAGUGUUGCAUGUUCAGCUGCGGAAAGAAAUGUUUAGACAUGAGAAAAGACAUCUGCAGCCUGCCGAAGGAGGUGGGGCCCUGCAUGGCCUACCUCCCGCGCUGGUGGUAUAACAAAGAGACCGAGCUCUGCUCCAGGUUCAUCUACGGUGGUUGCCAAGGGAACAACAACAACUUCCAAAGUGAGGCUAUCUGCAUGGUCGUCUGCCAAAAAAGUUACUCGAAUUUCUGA